CGUUCACCCGAGGAGCAUCGCGGAGCACUCAGAGCCUGAGCAGCAGCGGGCGCCGGCCCUCCGCCUCCGCCGCUCGGCCUUCGCACGCAUUCACGAAAGUCCGUCGCGCGCGCAGCGGCGCGCAGCUUACGUCACGUCUCACUCGCCUCUCGACUCGCUCCCUAGGGAAGUUCAAGGCUGUCUAAAUGACCUUCAGGAUGGUGCGUCUCUCGUGGCUUGCUUUGGUGUGCGCCGUUUUGGCUCCGGCGUGGGGCCGCAUCGCGUUCGAGAAGCUGACGGAAAUGGACUACCGGGGCAGCACGUACUACACCGUCAAGAACCUCACGCUGUACGAGUGCCAGGGCUGGUGCCGCGAGGAGACGGACUGCCAAGCCGCUGCCUUCAGCUUUGUAGUAAACCCAUUGACACCCAAGCAAGAGACGCUGUGUAUGUUGCAAAAUGAAACAUCUGCCACAAAUCCAUCAGCAGUUCCACAGCGGUCUGUCAACUUGUACUACAUGGUCAAAAUGCAGAUACGCUCAGAUAAUGUCUGCUUGAGGCCAUGGGCUUUUGAAAGAGUGCCCAACAAGAUGAUUCGAGGAUUGGAUAAUGCCCUGAUUUACACAUCAACCAAAGAAGCCUGUCUUGCUGCUUGCCUCAAUGAGGAUCGUUUCAUUUGCCGCUCAGUAGAAUACAACUAUGUUACCCUUCAGUGCCACCUCAGCGAGUCUGACCGCCGAACUACUGGACAAUAUGUUCAGUUUGUUGAUGCACAAGGUGUAGAUUAUUUUGAAAACCUCUGCUUGAAAGCUAACCAGGCAUGCAAGGGCUCCCGAUCUUAUGGAGUUCCAAGGAUUGGCGUUGCAGAUGACAAAGUGUCACAAUAUGUCAGCCUUCACUAUUAUGUAGACAAAGAGAUGCAGGUCAACAGUGAAGCUGCCUGCAAAUUGGCUUGUGAAAUCGAAACUGAAUUUUUGUGCCGAUCUUUCCUGUACCGUGGACCUCCUAUUGGUAGUAAAUACAACUGCCAACUCUUCCACCUUGACCAUAAGACAUUGCCUGAUGGUCCCAGCACAUACCUCAAUGCUGAAAGACCCCUCAUUGAUAGUGGAGAGAGGGUUGGCGCUUAUUAUGAAAAUAGCUGUGACAAAUCAACAAGCACCACCCCCCAUGAAACAUUACCAGUUGUCUUUGACAGUACAGAAGAGCCAAAUCUCAACCUCACCCGUAAUGAUAUCAACUGCGAUUCAAAGGGAACUUGUUAUGAUGUGUCGGUCAACUGCAAAGACACCAGAAUUGCUGUUCUUGUUCGUACAAACAAACCAUUCAAUGGUCGCAUCUAUGCCCUUGGAAGAUCUGAAACUUGCAAUAUUGAUGUACACAAUAGUGACCAAUUUAGAUUAGAUCUCACUAUGACUGGCCAAGAUUGUAACACACAGUCUGUGACUGGUGUAUACACCAACACAGUUGUUUUGCAGCAUCACAGUGUAGUGAUGACUAAAGCAGACAAAAUUUAUAAAGUGAAAUGUACAUAUGACAUGACAUCAAAGAACAUUACAUUCGGAAUGAUGCCAAUCAGAGAUCCAGAAAUGAUCAGCAUUACCUCUGCACCAGAAGCACCUCCACCACGCAUUCGCAUUCUGGACAGCAGAGGUCGUGAAGUGGAGACAGUGCGCAUUGGAGACAAACUCACAUUCCGUAUUGAAAUCCCAGAAGAUACACCUUAUGGUAUUUUCGCUAGAAGUUGUGUAGCCAUGGCCAAGGAUUCAAAGAGCACCUUCCAAAUAAUUGAUGAUGAAGGGUGCCCUGUAGAUCCCAGCAUCUUCCCAAGCUUCACCCCUGAUGGUAAUGCCCUUCAGUCAGUGUACGAAGCCUUCCGAUUCACAGAAUCAUAUGGAGUAAUCUUCCAGUGCAACGUCAAAUACUGUUUAGGACCUUGUGAACCAGCUGUCUGUGACUGGGGCCAUGAAUCAGUUGAGUCAUGGGGCAGAAAGAAGAGAUCCAUCGCUUCCAACCACAGUGACUCUGAAUCAGAGAGUGAUGAUAUGACCCUUAGUCAAGAAAUUUUGGUGCUGGACUUUGGAGAUGAAAAGAACAGCCAAUUCCUCAGAAAUGAGGCUCCUUCAUCAGAAUUUGGAAAAGAUAAAACUGUUACCAUCAUGGAGCCUUGUCCUACCAAGACAUCAGUAUUAGCUCUGGGAGUCACAUGUGCUCUCCUCAUCCUUAUUUAUAUCAGCACAAUCUUCUGUUACUACAUGAAGAAGUGGUUAACACCUCGUAAAGUUAUUGCCUGAGUCAUCGAAAAUCUGUGAUCAUGUGAUACACCAGAAAUGUAACAAGUUCAUCCAAUCGACAGAGACAACUCCAUGACUUGGAAGAAUACACACUCAAAAACACUCAUUUAUUAUGUUUUAAACCAGUUGCUUGAAAGAUUAAGAAUCGCAAAUUUGUGAAUCUUACUCAGUUUGCAAAGUAUAUCAUCCAUCAGCUUCCGAGAUGCAUUAAAGGAGGUAAUAGUGGGAGAGAACAAUAGUGUACACAAAGUAUUGUUAAGAAAGGAUGAAGAAGCAAUGCAUCCUUACGCAGGUGGAUUAGGCAUUUCUGAGUAAGGAAUAUAUUAAAAUUCUUGGUCCAAAGGCAGUGAAAACUUAAAUGAAGAUUAACAACCAUAGAGAUGGUAGUCCAUCUGCUAUGUAAUUAGAUGAUUAACAACUGUACAGGAAUAUUAUUCAUAUGUGUAGGCCCACAUCUUAAAUUCUUUGGCAUACUGGGGCAAGUGAAAAGCACAAGAAUUUCUAAUGUUGUCCAGCCAAAGAGCUUCUCACAAGUGACUGGAGAUCAAUUACCUGAAUGGAUGUUUUUUGUAAUAACCUGCAGGUUAGUCAUUCUGAUAAUUCUAAUUUAAAGCUUUUGUAAAUAAUUUAUAACACUAUUUAUGUCAAUUACUGUUUUCAGUAAUAAAUUAUUUCGUAAUAAAUU